GGUGUACACUGGCAAAGGGGGGGAUCUAGUUGUGCGGAAAGCGACUGUGAAGCUCCAUUCGGUUCUCGUCCUCUUACACCUACCACCAUCCUCAUCAUUACUCUUCCUCAGUAGUAGCUGGGAGGCCAUACCCUUAGUACAUCAUGCCUAAAAGAAAGUCUCCAGAAGGUGCUGACGCCAAGGAUUCAGCUAAAGCAACUAAGCAAGAGCCUACAAGAAGAUCUGCUAGAUUAUCUUCGAAGCCUGCUCCUAAACCCGAAACAAAACCCAAAAAACCUGCUGCCAAGAAGGAUGCUGGGACAAAGGCUAACAAAGGUGCUAAAGGGAAGAAAGAGGAAAAGCAAGAAGCUGGAAAGGAAGGUAUUACUCCAUCUGAAAAUGGUGAAACUAGAGCGGAUGAGAUUCACAUCUCUCGCUCAACUGUUAAUGUUUCAACAUCCAGAGGUGCCCUACCCAGCACACUGUCAGUAAAAGGGCAGAUUGAGACAGUGAAAGUUAAGGGAGCAGAAAACUGAAGUGGAAGACCAGACUGAAUGAAUUGUCCAUGGGAGUUUUAAGCUGAUUUUAUGUACCUCUUGAUGAACUUUAAGAAAAAAAAAUAUUUUUCUCAAGUAUUUUGUAAAUGCUUUUUUUUUUGUUUUUGUUUUUUUUUAGGACUGUAGUUUUUAACUUUUACAUAUAUAUUAUGUACAUGAACAUUUUUCAUUCUCACGCUUUGCUGAUUUAAUUUUAGCAUUGUAUGUAUUUUACAAACAUAGAAAUUAGGAUUAGAGGGUGUGCUUUGGCUGUAAUGCAAAUAUGUCCUUUUUAUGCUCUUAAACAAAACCCAAAAAGUCUUGUGUGCAUAAAGUGUGGUGUGUAUUUUAUUUUUUUACUGUGCCGAUACAAACUUUUCCAUGCGGUUUUCUAUAGCAAUAAUCAGUGGUGCUUUUGUACUUACAGUUUAUGUGGUUUUGAAGGUGACUAAAAAAGAUGUUACCAUAUGCUGAAUGUCAGUUAUUUUUAAUGAUUAAAAAUAAAAGGUAACUGGCCUUUUCCUUA